AUGGCGCCCGGAAUCUUAGAAACGAGCUCCGAUAAUACGCGGAGCCACGAUGGCAACGUCGAGACAACCGAAGGCGUCAUUGGCGCGAACUGCGUCGACCGCAUAACCCUCCUCAAGAGCAUGCCCGAGGUCCCAUCACAAACCCAGGUCUGCAUUGUGGGUGCGGGUCCCGCCGGGUUGAUGCUCGGCGCAAACCUCUCGAGGUUCGGUAUCAAGGCCCAGGUUAUAGACGAUCGUGCAGACCCAACACCUGUGGGAAGGGCCGAUGGCUUGCAACCAAAAACGAUCGAGACCUUCAGGCAGAUGCGCCUGGUUGACCCGUUGCUGCAAAGAGGCGUGCGCGUCUACGACAUCUCCUUUUGGCGCUCAACAGCCGACGAACCCCUCCGCCGGCUAGGCCGCGAAGUUCACUACCCGCCAGUCAUCGAUGUUCUGGACCCUUACAUCCUGCUUGUGCACCAGGGAAUGGUGGAAAGCUUGUUCAUCGAGGAUAUGAAGAAGCGCGGGGUCGAAGUUAAGAGGAACUGUGCCUUUGAAUCGUACAGCGCGUGCGAUGCUCUGAUGUUUAAGAAGGUCGGCGCAGCGCUUCAGAUCAACACCAGAGUGAAUGUGACCCAGGAUAAGAGAACCAUAUUAGCACAGUACCUUGUUGGAUGUGACGGUGCACACUCAAAAGUACGGAAGAGCAUCCCGGAAGCACGACCUGUUGGCAUGUCGCAACCCGUUGUUUGGGGUGUGUUGGACGGGGAACUCGAUACCGACUUCCCGGAUAUCUGGUCCAAGACGCUUGUCUUCUCGCAGGAAUUCGGCUCCAUUCUCAUCAUCCCCAGGGAGCGCAACAUGACGAGGUUCUACAUCGAGCUCAAAAGCGGGAUGAAGGAGGACAAGAAGAUCCUGGGCCAGGAGUUCAUCAUGGCGCGCGCAAAACAGAUCAUGGCACCCUUCAAGGUAAACUGGAAGUAUAUCGAAUGGUUUGGGCGUUACCAGAUCGGCCAGAGGGUGGCCAGUCGAUUCUGCGACUCUCACCACCGGGCAUUCCUGGCAGGUGAUGCCAGUCACACCCACUCGCCCAAGGCUGCGCAAGGCAUGAACACCUCGAUGCACGACUCCUGGAACCUGGCAUGGAAGCUGAACCUCUCUGUUCGGGGACUGGCAAAGCCUACGCUCUUGGAGAGCUAUGAGGAAGAGAGGAGAAAGAUUGCGCUGGACCUGGUCAACUUCGACUACGAGCAUGCUAACCAGAUCGCCGCUGGUGAUGCUGUGACGCUAGCUGAGAACUUCAAGACGAAUGUCCGCUUCAUUUCUGGUAUUGGCGCCGAAUACGGCGAGAACUCCAUCAACAUGCUGGAGAGUCAAACGUGGCUGCUGGGUGAGGCCAAGCCGGGAUGCUUGCUCCCUCCUGCCAAGGUGACCCGUUACCUUGACUCCAAUCCGGUGGACAUCCAGCUCGACAUUCCCAUGCUGGGACAGUUCAGGAUAUACCUACUUAUGUGGGAUGUGCACCAGGCCAAGAUGUUCCUCGAGAACUUCUGCGAUGCACUGGCGGCGGACAACUCUCUCAUCCGCCAGCUUUCGGUUGCUGCCAGCCUGUCAUAUGCAGCACAGCCAAGAAUGCCGGCCCCAGAGGAUAUCUAUGUCCGACCAGAGAGGUACACGGCCGUCAGCCACCUUUUCACUUUUGGUCUCAUCACCACCAUGCCUAAAUCUGACAUAGAGAUUUCUGAUCUGCCGCCCCUCCUGCAGGACAGCCGCUGGACAUUCUAUCUGGAUGACAUCCCAGAGCAAGACACCCGCGGUUCCCUAUGCACAAACAAGUGGCUGGGUAGCCUGGGCCCAGGGGAGGUCGCCAUCGUCACAGUGCGCCCUGACGGCUACGUCGGCAGCCUGGGCAGGUGGGACACCAGCGUUGAUGAUGCAGGAGAGGAGGCGGCCAAGUGGCUGGAUACGUACUUCGACAGGUUCCUGCAGAUCCCCGAGGUGCUCAGGAGUCCUUCCCCGAACGCUUCCGGAUCUGCCACCAGCGCUGCCAACGGCGCGAAGCGAGUGAAACUGGAGGAGAUGGAGGGUGUGAACGGGUCUGAUUGA